AUUUCUGUGCUCUCAUGGCAUUUCCUUUGUCUCAUUCUUUGCCUUUUAUCGUGAUAAUGGGUGUAUGUUUCUUAUGUACAGUAGUUGUCAGAAAGUGUUGGCUGAAUUGAAGUAUGAGGCAUAAUAUGUGGUUUUUACAUGUAGGUCUUAUCUCUGACUAGACCAGUAGGCCCCACAGGGGGCAAGCAUCAUGUCUUUUUACGUAGAGUUUAUUUGUUGAUUGACUAUUCUACUGAAAACUUGAAACAUUUUACUGACAAUUCAGAUCACUAAUUAUAAAAUGCUACUGACCUCUAAGGUUGUUAAUGUUAUUUUAGUCCCUUUAUAAUGUACUAAAGAGAUUAAAGAGAAUGGAAUUUAUGCCCCUUGCUUAGUUUUGUUUAUCCACAAUUCUUCAGUUAUUACAAUGUGACUAUUAAAAAAUAAAGUUUCAUAGACACCGUUAGAUUGAUAUCACAUAAAGGUUAUAAUCGCACAUGUUAAAUUUUACUAUCAACAAGUCAGGAGAAAAAUAUAUCUGCUUUUUUUAGGUUUUGAACUCAAUACCUGUGAAGAAACUCAAGCAUUAGCACUGCAAGUUAUACUCUCACUAAUUCAGUACAACCAACAGUACAGGAGUUAGAAAACUGUCCUGGACUUUGCAUGAUUCAUCAGGUGUUGAUCAAACGAAAAUGCAUCAUUGGCUAUCACAUUUUGAAUACCCUUGUUGAAGUUUGCUGCGGUGAAGAUAUUACUCAUAUCAGUGAGAAUGGAGAGUUUAAGUUGGAUAUAGAGUCCAGUGCUAUAAUCCAAGAUGUGAAACUAUUAGAGGAGCUGUUGCUUCACAGGAAGAUAUGGAAUAAAGCAGAGCAAGGUGUUUGGGAAACCCUGCUAGCGGCUUUGGAAGUCCUCAUCCAAGCAGAUCACCACCAGCAGGUGUUUAACAUUAAGCCGUUAUUGAAAGCUCAAGUGGUUCAUCACUUUCUACUGACCUGUCAGGUUUUGCAGAUGCCACCUGCAUUUUACCCUGCUGGCCCUGAAGAAGCAAGCUGCCAUAUGGAGAGAGGGCAUAGAGCUGUGGUGGCCCCUUGGAGCUGAAAGCAGCCAGAAAUAAAAUGGGGACCUCAGUGCUACACUCACAGGGGGAUGAAUUCUGCCAAGAACCUGGAGGAGCUUGGAAGUGGAUCCUUCCCCAGCUGAGCCUCAGAUCAGAACUCAGCCCCAACUGACACCUGACUGCAGCCUACAAGACCCUGAUCAGAGGACCCAGCUGAGCUGUGCCAAGACCCCUGACCCACAGGAACUAUGAGAUAAUACACAGGUGAUGUUUUAAGCCACUAAAUGAUGGCAGUUUGUCACACAACAACAAAAAAGUAAUGGUGGUGAAGGGAGAGACGUGGAGCAUAAGAUGGACUAUUUUUUAAAUGAGCCAUUAUCUAAAAGCCUUCCAUGUUUCUGGCACUAGGAGGUCUCUAAGAGCAAUCGGAAGCUGUUUAAUUAGCACCUUUCCAGGUCUGCAAAGGUGCUCCUUAUCACCAGCAGUCAGUAAGAGCCAGAGCUGGGAGAGAUUCUGCCAGUGCUGCCCCUCGGGAAUCCUCAGGAAUCAUCUGGAAGGUUUGUACUGAUUUAUUCUGCGUGUCGCAGAGGUGCAGAUUCUUCAUGUCAGAUGGCAGAUUUGACUUUUUAAGAAGACCAACAAGAGUCACUGUGUGCUGAGUCUGGUGUUGGCGCCAGUGACUGUCUCAGCUUUGAGAUGUGGCUGUGGACGUCAAGUCUGGUUUUCUCAUCUGGCCUCACACUGCGGCUCUGGAGAGGGUUUGCAAGUAUGGGUGAGUGUGUUGCCCCCACCUCUCUCCCUGUGUGAAAAGCAUCUGCUGUCUGGUCCAUGUCCCCAGGAAGUGCUUGUCUUCCCUUUUUGAUGACCUUCCAUGUGAGGCUGAAGCUGGGCAGUGGUUGCAAAUGCUCAGCUGGGUUGCAGAGGCCACCGUGCUCAUCCUUAUCAUGGAAUGGGGCAGGGAGGUGCUGGGGUGGUGUGGGAAGACCAGAGUUGGGGUCUGUGUCCACAGCCUCUCCUUGGGGUCUGUGUCCACAGCCUGCCCCUUGCUCUUCCAGCACCACCAACUCUGGUUAUAGUGUGAGCCAAGAAAUAAGCAAUAGAAGAAGAAAUACAUGUGGCCAUGGCAGAACAAAUAUGGGCCCUGGCAAGGCAGGUCUGCUUCCUCUUGGGCCUCUAAUUAUACUUGUGUUAGACCUUCUCUCUCUGCAUCCUCUCUACAUCUUUCCCUGUGUUCUGUUUUUCCAUCUAUUUGUUUCUCCAUGGUUACUUAAAUAGGAAAUUGAGUUGUAAAUGACAUACAAUAAACUGCAUGUAUUUAAAGUGCUCAUUGCUAAGUUUUUAUAUAGGUACCCACCUGUGAAAUUACCACCACAGUCAAGACAAUGAACAUAUUUAUCCACCCAAAAGUUUAAUCAUGCCUCCUCACUGUUCCUGCCCACUCGUCCACAAUGCGUCUCAGGCAACCACUGAUCUGCUUCCUGUCAGUAUUGAUCAUUUUACAUUUGCUAGAAUUUUAUAUAAAUAAAAUCAUAUGGUAUAUAUUACUUUA